AUGGGCGCAUUCCCUAUUGCGGAGGCACAGCUGGCUGCCCUCUUCAUGCAAAGCGUAGCGUACGGCGUACACGUCGUGACAUUUGCAGCUUGCAUAUACACCUGGUUCCAUCGCUCGAGCAACUCACACGUAUCGGGAUGCUGGCCGUGGAUGCUCGUCGCCGUAGCCUUCUUCGUCUUCGGCACUUGCGACGUCUCAUUCAACUUAUACCACAACCUCAUUGCAUUCAUAUUCUAUACGGGACCCGGUGGGGCAGAUGCUGAAUUUGACCGCCUGUCGACUUGGGUCAACGUUAUGCGGAGUGUAUGGUUCGAUCUCAAUAUCGCCUUAUCUGACGCAGCCCUGAUUUACCGCUGCUGGCUCGUGUACGCGCAUUCGCCUCGUCGGGCAGUUGUGGCCAUUGCACCCGUCGUACUUUGGCUGGGAUGGAUUUCUUGCGCAAUCAUCAUCCUCUACUACAUCUGCACCUUGAAUGCAGUGACGUCUAUACCUUCAACCGACGAGAUCCAACCCUUCCUAUAUGCCUUCUAUUCCUUGACACUCGCGAUAAAUCUCUUCACAACGGGUCUUAUCAUCCUCCGGCUCUGGAGGGUCCAUAAGCGCACAUCAUCGUUCUUCACGCGGAGUUGGCGAGGACCGAGUCGUUUGAGUUUCGCAGACGUCACUUUGAUUAUCAUCGAGUCUGCGCUCCUGUACACGACAACCGUCAUCAUCUGCGUCGUGCUGGACUUGGCGAAUAGCAACGCGUACUAUGGCGCUACGGAUGUCAGCCUUGAAGUAGCAGGGAUAUCAUUCGAUCUGAUCAUUAUACGGAUCUGGACAGGCGUGUCCACGGAACAGACGCAAGCCUUCACGGAUACGGUGGAGAAUUUGUCGAAAAUCAAGGCAGGAGCGAGCGAACAGGUCAUCACCGCUCACUCGGGCUUCACGGACUUGAACACUUGUGGCUUCCCGUGAUGAUAUUGCCCAGUGGGGUGACGAUGAUGCGAACCCCGUCUGAUGUGUCCUGGCGAUCUCCUGGUCUUGUUGGUAAUCCAACGUACCGUAGAUGGUGACUAUACUAGGAGCGAAUAGAUUGAGUCGACAUUAACUAUACGACGUUCGGCCUAGUAGUAUCCAUGCAAGAGCAAC